AUGACGCAGUCACGGAAGAGUUAUAUCAAGCGCAGCACGGCGGAGCGUACGUUACGCUUCCUGUUCAGACGACGGCCAUGCAUGAUCGUGGCAUUGUUGGAAGUGCUGCUUAUGGGCAUUCUGAUUGUGGUCUUAAUGUGGAUGAUGAUUAUCUAUGAUAAUGAUACACGCAAAAUUGCCUUGCUGGAAAAGGUUGUCGCUAUGAGCAAAUCGGAUGAAGUGGAUGAAUUCGGCAAGAAAUCAGACUUCUGGCGUUGUCAAUACGACGUGUCCAAAGAUCGCAAUACAUCCGCGUACAACUUCGAAUUGUGCAAAAUAUCCUCCGAACGGAGUCCACAAAAGUUUGCGUUCAUAAAUGAAUGGCCAAACGACAGUUCUUGUACGGGACGUAUGAAGAGUGUGCCCUGCCAGACGUAUCGAUCCAGUGAAAUGCUUCGAGCCGACGAACUUGCCCCCUAUCAAGAAUUGCCGCGAAGUUGCAUGGGAGUAAAUGGAAUUGCGAUGCCCUAUGCGUUGGUGAACGUGAAUCGAGGAAGACUCGUACGAAGAAUCUCGUUAAAAAAUUUGAUAAAAUUUAAAGGUCGCAUCGCGUUAUCCUCGGAUCUGUUCAUGCGAUGUCCAAACUGUCGUGUGAAUAGUCAGUAUCAUCGAAUUAAACGAAAAGAGACGAGACAGGUAACUAAAGAGGUUAUCGUCGAUACAAGAACUCGUGUAAACGAAACGCGCAAUCAAACCGUAGAGUAUUGUGCACGACUACUGCGAACAUUCGUCAAGGGAUGGCCCGAUUUAGUGAUGUCUUGCGAUAUGCAGGAGGAGAGCGAGAUUGACAUUGAUCGCAAAGUGUAUUGUCCUUAUAAGAAAUAG